UAAGAUUGGUUCCUUCGAAAGAAAGACCACUGAAUUUGCUAUGGGCGCAAAGGUUUUACGAUCUCAAGAAAGUCGAAGGAGAGAUCUGGACCUUUGUCAAAGAUGUGUCAACAAGAUCAGAGUAUCAUCAGUGGCUAUGCCGCCCUCAUUUUAUCUCCCAUGACAUCGCAGAAAGGAAAAUCGCCUGAAAAGCUCGACGUUGAGGACGAGGAAGAGCGUCUGGCCAGACUCCAGAACACUCUAGAGAAACUGAACACGAACGCGCUGCCUACCGUCGAACCAGGCUCCAGUCAGAGACCAAACCUCGAAGCCAUCUGGAAUCACAGCGCUUCAGCUACCGCAGAAGUCGACGAGAGCUCUUUGCAACAACUCCUCCAGCGCGUCCAAGCUUUUCUCCCACGAAUGGAGGCUUCGAAUACCGAGCUGGCCCAGAUGGUCGCAGCCGAUCCGCGGAGCGUUGAUAUCGAAAACGUGGACGGGGACAGGGAGGUCAUACAGAUGGUCCGUCUCGUUUGCUCGUCACAUCCGCUCGACCACUGUGCUUACUUCUCUCAGAAACUCGGCCUCGGCCUGUUCGAAGAAAGGAAUGGCACCGAGACGUCGUCCGAGGACUCGAGCUCUGACCCCGAUUCCGAUUCCGACACGGACACCAUGAGCUCAGUAUCUGAAUCCUCUGACAAUUCGACCUCGUCCUCCAGCGACGACUCGGACGAGUCGGAAUCAGAGGCCUCGCAUCAUUCAAGACCCAUCCGCCCGCUUCCUCGUCGGGCUCGCCCAGAGAUUGAGGUCAUAUCCGAGACCACGUUUCCCGAAUGACCACGUCGACUGAGGCCAAGCCGCGCGGGUGUGCGCCCCUGGAGCGGCCAGCUGUACAUAGAACGACAUUCUCCGCCAUCAUGAACGAACCAUGCGCCGAUACUCUCAUCGCACUUCAUACUUUGAACCGGGCGGUCUCGAUGUCGCGCAGCGACGAACCAAUGGGCAGUUGUUGGGGUGCGGAUAUGGAUGUCGUCCCUGUUUGGAACAGCCGUAAUUUUCGGCGGAAGAACCACAUGACUGGGCUCAUUGCUGUACGUUCUACAGUGCGGCCUCGGGACACCGCUCCCAGAAUGUAUCGUCACAUGGAACCCGUAGUUCAUGGCGGCGUCGUUGCUGGAGGCCUGACUGCCGGGGAACUUGAUUUGGCAUUGGCCGUGUUCGCUAGAUCUUUCGAAGGAUGUAGAUUACGGCCCCACCACAGCAAACAGGUGCAGGAUACGUUUCUAUAAGAACUAACUGUAGAAUGUUACUUUGUUUUAUCGCGAGUGUCAAGAAUCG